CUUGUCACUCAUUCUUUGAACAGUGUGCUGGCGCUGAUCUUCUGCCGCUGCUACAUCGAUAAUCAACCAAUUUGCCAUACGAAAAAUAAAUAUCUAGCAAUAUGGGAAUGUAAUAUUUUUGAAAAUAUCAAGAACAAUAUCAAAAUAUCAAGAACAACCACAACAUUCUUCAUUAAGACAUUUGCGUGGUCUAAUCAAGGAGUUGCGAUGCUCCACGCAAAGGAUAUCAUCCUAGCCUUGCUUCUCGUGGGCUCUACAGUUUGUCUGGAAGUGGAGAUCACCCCCACCCAGGGAGAGAUCAGUGUCGGAGAGUCCAAGUUCUUUCUGUGUGAAAUUGUUGGGGUAGCAAAGGAGAUUGACUGGUAUUCUCCGAGCGGGGAGAGGAUAGAGCCCAACAAACCAGAGAUCACCGUAACCCGAAACGACGAGUCCUCAUCCACGCUCACGCUCUACAAGGCCGGGGUGGACAGCGCUGGGACCUACAAGUGUCUGGCCACCAACGGAGACCAGUCAGCAGAAGCCACCGUCAACGUCAAGUUCUACCAAAGGAUCACCUUCAAGAACGCCCCCUCCCCCCAAGAGUUCAAUGAAGGGGACAACGCCUACAUUGUCUGUGACGUCAUCAGCUCCCCUCCCCCCACCAUCAUCUGGAAACACAAAGGAGCGAAAAUUCAGAUGGAGAAGGAUGUCCGCUUUAAGAUCCUGCCCAACAACCACCUGCAGAUCCGAGGCAUCAAGAAGACAGACGAGGGGUCGUACACCUGUGAGGGCCGCCUCAUGGCCCGGGGAGAGAUUGACCUCAAGAUCAUUAGGGUCAUCGUCAACGUGCUCCCUACCAUCCGGGUGUGGCAGUCUGAGGUGAAUGCCACAGCAGGCGUGGGCCAGUCUGCCAUGUUGACCUGUGCUGCUGAUGGAUACCCAGAGCCCAUGGUGACCUGGGCACGAGCCGGUGUUCUUCUGGAGUCAGGAGACAAGUACAGCUUUAAUAAGGACGGUUCAGAGAUGACCAUCAUGGAGGUGGCCAAGCUGGAUGAGGGAGAGUACACCUGCAUCGCUAAGAACAAGGCUGGGGAGAGCGAACAGGAAGUCAGCCUUAGAGUGUUUGUGAAACCUAAGAUCACCUUCCUGCUGAACCAGAGCACGUCUGAGAUGGCUGAGCAGGUGACUCUGACCUGUGAGGCGUCAGGGGACCCCACCCCCACCAUCAACUGGAGCUUUGGCCUGCGCCCCUUCACUGAGGGAGAGCAGGCACAUCUAAACAGGAUCUAUCAGGCCUCUUGGACUCGGCCCGAACAACACAAGAGUCUGGAUGGGAACGUCGUAGUGAGGAGUGAUGCUCGUGUGUCCUCCCUCACGCUGAAGUACGCCAAGUUCACCGACGCUGGCCAGUACCUCUGCUCUGCACGCAACGCCAUCGGAGUGGAUUCUCAACCCGCCUACCUGGAAGUCCGCUAUGCUCCUAAGAUCCAGGGCUCAGUGACAGUGUAUACCUGGGAGGGGAAUGCAGCUAACAUCAGCUGUGAGGUCCUGGCCCACCCCAGUGACGUGUCCAUGCUCUGGCUGAGGGAUGGGUUUCAGCUUCCCAACGCUAACAUCACCAAAGCCAAGGUUUUCCAGAGCCCCACAGCCAGCUACCUGGAGGUCACUCCAGAGUCUGAGAAUGACUUCGGGAGCUACAACUGUACUGCUGCCAAUGAGAUGGGCACAGAAUCCAAGGAGUUUCUCCUCAUUCAGGCUGAUGUCCCGUCAGCCCCGUCCCUCGGGGGUGGAGGCGUUCUCCAGCUCAGCCAGGGUGGAGUUCCAGGAGCCUGACGCCACCGGGGGUGUACCCGUCCUCCGGUACCGGGCUGAAUGGAAGACUGUGGGCAGGGGCACCUGGGUGCAGAUGGUCUAUGACGUCC